AUGUCAGACGCAGCUCCCCCUGUCUCCGCCCCAAAAGCUCCGCGCUCGAGAAAUAAACGCCGCGGGAGGGGCCCCGCCAAUCCAGAACACUCACCGAACAGGCAACCGCAGCCAUCGGAGAACCAAUUCUCGCAGUCUGCCCCUCAAUUAGAGCAAUCGCGAACAGAGCAACCUGGAGGCUCAAACAUACAAAAUGAUCAAUCACGCUCCCGCCGAAGCAAUCGACGAAGAGGCCGCGGCAGUGGCCAUCAACAAACAACCGAGGGGGAUAGACCGAAGCACACUGAGCGGUCAUCUCAGCAUCAAUCUCGUGGUAUGAGGGCUCGGGGAUUUGGCGCUCGGCUGACGAAGCCAGGCGAAGAGGCCGAAGCUCAGCAGGAUAGCACCUCUGCGAACGACAAUCUUCGAGCUGAUGCACCAGAUUUCGUUCCAGGGAUGCCGGCUUCAAAUAACCAGUCAACUCCAUCCAUACCUGGGCCGUCAAUGAAAGGGAAAGGGAAGCCUAGAUCAAAGCCGUCACCCAAGGAGCCCAAAGUCACAACCAAAUCAGUCGCAGACGAUAUUGCAACCCGUAUCCACGAAGACAUUGCCCAUAACCUAUACGAAUGCCCAAUCUGUACGAGUGAACUGGGUCGGCGAUCGAAGGUCUGGUCUUGCGAACUGUGUUGGACUGUGUUUCAUCUGAGUUGCGUCAAGAAAUGGUCGACUAACGAGGGAGCUGCUGCGCAACGAAAUAGACAACUUGAGAACGGUGACGAGCCUGUUGCGGCUCGUGCAUGGAGGUGUCCGGGCUGUAACCUGGCUCAUGAAACACUCCCCACAACAUAUUCUUGCUGGUGUGAAAAGGAGAUCGACCCUCGGCCUCUACCAGGUCUUUUUCCGCACUCCUGCGGCCAGACAUGCUCUCGUCCCCGCAAGGGCUGCCCCCAUCCGUGUGAUUCGACGUGCCAUGCUGGUCCUUGUAAACCAUGUACUGCCAUCGGACCUACCCAGGACUGCUUCUGUGGUCGGAAUUCCUCAACUAAAAGGUGUCAGGAUACCGACUACGAGCAUGGUUGGAGCUGUGGCGAGACUUGCGGUGACCUUUUACCAUGCGGAGAACACACAUGUCCGUUGCCAUGCCAUGAAGGGCUAUGUGGAGCAUGCGAGGUAAGGAUUGAGGCUCGUUGCUAUUGUGGAAAAGUACAGACAGAAAUGUUGUGCAAUUCCAAGGAAGACGAAAUGGACAGUCAUAUUAUUUAUGACGACGGGUCUGAAGAGGAAUGGACGGGAUGCUUCGGGUGCACAGAUAUCUGUAACCGCUCAUUUGACUGCGGAUUACAUUCUUGUGAGAAGAAUUGUCACCCUCCGGAUUCACGCCCAGCACACUGUCCGAAGUCGCCAGAUACCGUACUCCGUUGUCCCUGCGGGAAAACACCAUUGGAAAAGAUUGAUGGCUAUACACCUCGUACCUCGUGCGAAGACCCCAUCCCGAAUUGCUCGGAGCCAUGUGGUAAGAUGCUCAGCUGUGGCCAUUCGUGCGAUCAAAUCUGCCAUACUGGUCCAUGUGGCUCAUGUCACCGCCGUAUGCCAAUUCAGUGCCAAUGUGGCCGCACCACAUCUAUGAGCAUUUGUCACCAAGGAAAUAUCCAGCAACCCCAAUGUUUCCGCAUGUGUAAAACGACUCUUCACUGCGGCCGCCAUACCUGCACAGAACGGUGCUGCCCGGGAGAGCAAAAGGCUAUCGAACGCCAAGCCAUUCGACGCAAGCUCAAAUCACAUCUUCGCCCCAGUGAUGAAGAUAUUGAAGCAGAGCAUAUCUGCACGCGGAUUUGUGGUCGGACGCUGAAAUGUGGACGACACACAUGCCCGGAGCUUUGCCAUAAAGGCGCUUGUAACACCUGCCGUGAAGCGAUUUUCGAGGAGAUCUCGUGCAAUUGCGGCAGAACCAUCUUAUAUCCACCACAGCCAUGCGGUACCAAACCUCCAGACUGUUCGUUCCCUUGUGAGCGACAGAAGCCGUGUGGUCACCCUCAGACUGCCCACACUUGCCAUACCGACGAAGAAUCGUGCCCCAAAUGCCCUUUUUUGACCGAAAAGAAGUGUUUGUGUGGCGACCAGAUCGUGAAAAAUGUUCCAUGCUGGCUUUCAGAGCCUCGGUGUGGUCGACCUUGCGGGAAGCAGCUCAAAUGCGGCUCUCAUUUCUGCAGGAAAGAUUGCCACCGCGAUGGUGAAUGCGAAGAUGAGAAGAAGCCUUGUCAACAGGCUUGUGGGAAGACAAAGCCUCUAUGUGGACACCCAUGCACUGAGCCUUGCCAUGCUCCAUAUCCCUGUCCAGAAAAGACACCCUGUUCAUCCACAAUUGCGGUAACAUGCGGUUGUGGGCGAUUACGACAAGAGCGACGCUGUAAUGCCUCCAAGGCUAUCAUAUCCAAGGGUGUGAUGAUCCAAUCAGAACGCCUACCUGUCACGACUCCGCUGACCUGUGACGAGGAGUGCUCUCGUUUGGAGCGAAACCGCUCCCUCGCUUCAGCUCUCGGGGUUGAUAUUAAUCAAAGCACCACGGUGCCAGCGUUUACGGCAAUCAACCUUCCCUAUUCUGCUGAAACCCUUGACCAGUACAUCAAACUCGCCUCAACGGUAUCUCUAUCCACCCUUCAAACCUACGAAUCAACUCUCCACUCUCUGGCCACUGAUACCACGACCCGUUCCGUCCGCUUCGCUCCAGCCAAGUCCACCCUCCGCGCGUUCUCUCAUUCUCUCGCCACCGAUUGGGGCUUUGUGACAGAAAGCCACGAUCCGGAACCUCAUCGCCACGUCUUCGUCUUGAAGCCCCUUGCCUGGACUCCGCCAGUCUUCGGAGUCGGCAGCGGGACCUCAAUCGGUAUCGGUGGUAUGAGCGUCCGUGAAUGUGUCAAACUCCGCGAGCGCGAGCGUACCAAGGAACGCGAGGCCCAACGUGCCGCAGCACUGGAAGUCAAGGCUGCCCGCGAAGCUGCAAAGACGCAGUCCGGCGCAGCAGGCGAUGGCUGGGCGCAGGUUGCGUCACGUGGGAAGAAAGGUAGUGCAGAGAGCAGCGCAGCGAGCACCCGGAGUUCGACCCCAAUGCAGAGCUUGUUUGGUAGUAGAACAAUGUUCUCGGCAUUAGGCGAGGUCGGGACCGGGAAGAAAGAGCGCCUUGUUCUCCGCCCUGGCAUUGGAGCUGCAAAGCCUGCUAAGCAGCCCGAGGUCGUUGAUAGCUGGGAGGAGGCAGAAGAGAGAAGAACAGAAGCAUCAGGAGAAGAAAGCUUCGGUAGUGUGGUUGAGUCAGAGGAGAAGAACGACCAGUUGGAGCCGUCGAACACUUCUGGUCUUCCGGGACAAGGCGAAACCGUUGAACCCGCUGCUACGAACAGCGUUAAUGAGGCAUAUUGA